CGCGCGGGCGGCUCAGGCGUGACGAGCCGAGCGCCGGAGCCUCGAGCCGCCGCCGCUGCCAUUUUUGCGGAAGCCGCAGCGCGGAGCAACCGGCGGCGGAACCGGGAGCGACCCAGAGCCGUCCGGGAGCGGGGGGACCCGGCGGGAUGUUCCACGGGAUCGCAGGACCGCCCGGGGUGGGAGCCCCCGGGAACAAGCCGGAGCUGUACGAGGAGGUGAAGCUCUACAAGACAGCCCGGGAGAGGGAGAAGUACGACAACAUGGCCGAGCUGUUUGCGGUGGUGAAGACGCUGCAGGCGCUGGAGAAGGCGUACAUCAAGGACUGCGUCUCGCCCAACGAGUACACGGCCGCCUGCUCGCGGCUCCUGGUGCAGUUCAAGGCGGCGCUGAAGCAGGUGCAGGGCUCGGAGAUCAGCUCCAUCGACGACUUCUGCCGCAAGUUCCGGCUCGACUGUCCCCUGGCCAUGGAGCGCAUCAAGGAGGACCGGCCCAUCACCAUCAAGGACGACAAGGGCAACCUCAACCGCUGCAUCGCCGACAUCGUCUCCCUUUUCAUCACCGUCAUGGACAAGCUGCGCCUGGAGAUCCGCGCUAUGGAUGAGAUCCAGCCUGACCUGCGGGAGCUGAUGGAGACGAUGAACCGCAUGAGCCACCUGCCCCCCGACUUCGAGGGCCGCCAGAAGGUCAACCAGUGGCUGCAGACGCUCAGCGCCAUGUCGGCGUCGGACGAGCUGGAUGACUCGCAGGUCCGGCAGAUGCUGUUCGACCUGGAAUCCGCCUACAACGCCUUCAACCGCUUCCUGCACGCCUGAGCCGCCCCGGUCCCCUCCCGGCACCCGCUGGUGACACGGGGACAAUAAACCCCUCGGGGGUCACCCCAAAAACCACCA